AUUUUAUCUCAACAAAACAUAUGUCAGGAGCAGAUGAGGACGCAUUGCCCGUUUUUGUCAACACAACAGAAUUACAAUUCCGGCUCAACGAGAAAUCACAGGCAAAGCUGUUCACAUUGUACAACCCAUUUGGUCAUGUGAUAACUUAUAAAAUUUUGUGCACUGCCACUAGGAACUAUACUGUAAAUGAAACUACCGGUGUCCUCCAAGCAAAAUGUUGUCAAGAUAUAGUUGUCCGAUGUAUCCAGCGUCUCCCAGUUGGCAACGUCGACAAGUUGAAAAUUGAGAUUAGCAAAAAAGGAUCGCCGACGGCGAGUGGAUCCUGCGUUCUCACGUUACUCACCGUGUCCUCCGAGCACACAAAUCCCGAUGAACCCCGUUUUGAAAAAGUCCAGCAAUCAAACAGAAUGAGCAGUUCUACAACAAGCGAAAGAGGAAACGAUAGGAACCAAUCAAGCAUGUGGGCUUGUCUCAUCGUUGGCCUGUGUUGUGCUGUCGCACUCGUCUGUCCAACCGCCGGUGAUAUUGAAUCAAAAUCUUCAUCCGUUCCCCCAAUGCUCCACAUGUCCUUUCAACAGAAGCUAGUCGCUUCUUAUAUUCUCGGCAUUGUCUCUGUAUUAAUUCUCCGUCCCAUGUAAAGCUAUCUAAUGUCAUUCAAUCACUGGUCUAACUUCCUUCCCGAAUCGAGUCACUUGUUCUCCUGUCUUCAAAAAAUGUGUUCUUCUCUCAUCUACUGGCAUUAUUUGUGCCUGUUUCUUUUUCAAUACAUGGUAGUCAUUUUGUGGCUAUUACUGUAAAUUGUUUGCAAAUCAAGCAAUCAUUCUUAUUGUACAUUCUUGUAGGAACAAUCAUGAAAUACGCACUUUUUGAUAAUAUCUGUAUGUAUAUGACUUCUCUACCUCUUUUUGUUUUUAAAUUAUCGGUAAUUGCAAUUGAGACAAAGCAAUCGAAAAUUAUGGU